AUGGGGUCUGCUCAGUCCCGGCACUGGACGAUCAAUAGAACUGGUCUACCGGACAGCGAGGAUUUCGGCAGCCAACUGACAGACCUAAUUGACUCUUUGGUGUGCAUGCACAAGUCGUGUGGUUAUGCCUCAUUUCGUACGCCAAAGCAGGCCAAUCGGGGCGGCGAAAGGGAUCAUACAGGCGAGAGGACGGCAAGGUUACAUGUGACUAUCAGCAUUUGGCCAGGCAACUCAAAGGCAGUGUUUGCCAGUCGCUGA